AAUGUAGAAUCCCUCUCAUUCCACACAAUUGAUUUCCACCGUGCUGACGAUUGACGACUGACGAGUGGUGGGUGGGAAACUGUUAUGCUCUUUUCAAUUUAUUUCUUUCCCUUUUUCCACAAUAACACCAAAAUUAAUAAAUUCUUUGCAAUAAAAAAAGUAUGAGGAAUAAAAUUAAGAAGAAAAGAGAGUCAAAAUGUUAGAGGAAAUGCCUGGAUCGUUGGGCACAAGCGCAAGCUUAGCUCUUCGAUUGGGUCAGACUUUGUUUUCAUCCGCUUCCCUUUUCUUCAUGUGCCUUGAUGUUAAUUUCUAUGGCUACACUGCUUUCUGCUUCUUAGUAACGGUAAUGGGUUUGGUGAUUCCAUGGAGUUUGACAUUGGGACUAGUUGAUGGCUAUUCCGUCUUUGUUAAACGCCCUACACGUCAACCCGGAGUAAUGACCGUUAUUGUUGUAGGAGAUUGGGUUUUGUCAUUCCUUUCACUAGGAGCCGCUUGCUCAACCGCAAGCGUUGCACAAGUCAUGAUGGCGGAAAUGGUUCCGCCAUGCCCGGUGAAGAUCUGCAGUAGAUAUUCUAUUUCGGCUGCCAUGGCUUUCUUGUCUUGGUUUCUGUCUUUUGCUUCUUCUCUCUUUAACUUGUGGAUCCUUCCUAAAUUAUAGCUGGUUUUGUAUACAUAUUCCUUAUAGUAGAUUUGCCUGGUUAUAUGGAUAGUGAAAAAAUGUUAAAAAUAGGAGAGAAAAAAAUAGAAGUUGGCUGCCAAAAGAAACAAUGGUAUUGGAUGCAUCACAUGAUUAUGUCUUAUAUACUGUACAAACAUGUAGAUAAAAUUAACAAUUAUUCUUAUACUUCCAUAUUUUUUUAAAGUAUUGUAAUACUAUUGUAUUGUAUUGGACUAAAUCAAAAUGGUUCUUACUACCGCUUUCUUUUCAUGAA